GUUUGAAUGAAUGAAUGAAUGAAUGGGUUGGGUCAGUCGGGCACCUUACCUCUCCACGCAUCAAUCAAACAUCCCACACAUCCCACCAUACUGUACAAGGAAGGGCCAGCACACUUGGUUCAUUUGCGUCCGUCUGAUACGAAAAAGAACCACGUACGAUCCGAUCCGGUGGUCGGGCACGGCAUGCCGUCUGUCCCUGACUCCACCCGAUCCGCUGCAACGAGCCAAGUGGACUGACUGGCAACGAGCGAAGCACCGUACAAACGACACUCACACCCACCAUACAACAACAGGACUGAUGCACGACUUCAUUUGACUGACUGCGCAAUCCGAACACUCCACUCAUCCUUAUGGCUUGUCCUUUGGUGUGAUUCGAUGGCCCUGAAGCCGCCAGGUGGCCACGGCGAAUGCGGUCAUGAGACGUCAUGCACGCAUUCGAUGUCGCCGUCCAGGAGGCCAGCCAUCAGAAUCGCACCACACAAGCUGCACAAAGGCUAGAAUGACCUGACUGAUAAACGGGACUUGACACCCGACAACCCACUUGCACCAACGGCCAACCAACAAGGGCGUCAUCUUUAUGUACACCGUCCACUUAUCCAUCCAUCCAUCCAUCCAUCCUAUCCAUCCAUCCAUCGACUCAGUCGUGCAUUCCAUCGUCGGUGGGUGGGCUGCCUGCCUGUCUAUGUGGGAAUGUUGACAGCCAAAGCGCUCGGAUGGUCGCGAACGGCCCGAAUCUGACACCCAUACCCACCCACACACACACACAUAGCCAGACCGACAGAUACACCGUUAUGCCGCCGUUUUGCGCGUGUGUGCGUGGUUGCGGACCUUCAUGUAGUCGAGGAGCAGUGGCACCGACGAGUUGAGGGAAGGGAGAAGCUCGCCGUAGCUCAUCGCCUGAUUACACACACAAACACACACGCAUUGGUCUCGUGUACAUUCCCUUCUCCCCCCAGCCCCGAUCAAAUCACCUGCAGCAGCUGUGUGAUGUUGUAGGCCUGUAUGGAGGCCAGGUUGUUCAAACGAAUGGACUCGGCCGUCGCGAGGGCCUGCUGCAGCACCACCUCCACGUGCUUCUGCGCCUGGAUGACGGUCGUUUCAAGUGUGACGACUGUCCUCUGCUGCUCGGCCUCCGCCUUCUUGAUGUCCUGCUUCUGAACCUGAUGGAUAAAUGGAUGGAUCAGUACACGUGCACCCAGCACGACUGUAUGUUAAGUGGAGGACGAUGUCGAUCGGUGUGUUGUGUUGCGGGUCUCACCUCUGUCUCUUGGAUGGCCUGCUCAAAGAGGGGAGGGAGAGAGACUGUCUUGAGCUGGAAGCCCCCCACGCUGGCGAAGGCUUGUCUUUGAAACACGUCAUUCAUGACGCUGAAUGCGUCCACACCCACAUAUGCAUCCAGACGAUACAAGACCUGACUGACCAUGGUGUGCAUGUGCAGUGUUGCCUUGCUCACUCUUCCAUCCUCUCGCGUAUAUCCGCCGGCGUCUGGAACAGCUUGUAGGCUGCAUACACCCACAUCCGGACCAUCAUCCAUCCAUCCAUCCAUCCAUCCAUCCUACGUGACGUCAGUCACCUGUGUAGUUGGUUGCCGCGUCGGUGAGGAGGUCCUGCGCGAGGCGGAUGUAGGUGGGAUGGUAGUCCUUGCCGAACUUCAUGUACAAGUCAUGAAGUCUAGUGGAGUCUAUCAGGUACUGGAAGGAUAUCUCCAAAGACACCUCAAGGCCAUCUGAGCAACGCGGACACGCCACGCAUGCACGACACGACGAGCUGAGCACGAUUGAUGUCUGAGCGGUGUGUGUGCCGUCCAGCCUCCCUCCCCUUGCUUGCCUGAUGUUCUGCUUUUCAGCAGAGGGGCUGAUCGAUCCGAGUCAUCGGAGAAGGAAAUGGUCUGAGUGACAGACACGUCGACAUCAAGGCAUGCAACACGCAGCCAAAACCAUCAAGUCAGAAAGGCUCUCCCGGGGACAGACGUCAAUUCACCUGGAGGGUUCGGGGGAACUUGACGAAGAAAUGUCCGAGGCCCAGCAGAUAGCGACCAGGGAAAUACGUCCGCUUGCCGACUGUCUGGGCUAUAAACGAGUAGUCUGACGGUGGCCACAAAACACGACACACAGGCACACAACCACAGCGCGUGAGACCAAGAUCUGCAGAGCUAUGUGUGCGCUCCCAUCCCUCAUGCUGACCGAGGCCAAUCUGGGUGUACUCCAGCUGCGCCCAGCAGAGGAUGAAGAGCGUGAUCAGCAGGACGCCGGCAAUGACGCCCACAGAAGACCAUAUGAUGAUCCUCCUUGAACGAGACCAGGACGAGUCGGCUCCGCCCAGAGGCUCCCCGCCUCCGCCCGUCAGCAUCGAGUAGGAGGGAUGAAUGGCGAGGGAAAGGGGUGCGAAGAAGGGCACGGGAGAUCUGCCAGCUGUUAGAGUUAGAGCAGAGAUCGGGUAAAAAGGGGUGUCUAUGAGACAUGGGUUUGUGAUGCUUGUGGACCCGUCGCCGAGGGCUGUUGACACCCCGCUGCGCAUGCCCCUGUCAAGCAUGAUGGAGAUCUCAACUUCCAGCAGGCGGCAGUGCGGACUUCUAGCGAGGGAGAGUCAAUCACACAGCGACCGCAGCGUUGCCACACCGUCAUCCUCACGAAUCCGUGCCUGUGUGGUGGCGCAAACUGAUGCCUGCUCACUCCCCCACCACAAUGCAUAUGGCCCUCUCUACGGUUAACGCUUACUCACGUGAACACACA